AUGCCAUCGACUUUCAGGGCCUCGCGCUCGGGUCGACAUCUCGACAAUGGUCCCAACCGCACGCGAACCGGCCAGAUCGACCACGAUGUCUUUGAGGGAUUGCCAGUCCGUCGCUGGUCGCGUCAACCACACACCUUCUCCCAAGCGCCCAAGCCCGACGACUUGGAGUUUGGUGUCCAGGGUCCAAGCGGAGUCACCACUCUGCCAGAGCUGCCCAUGCCACGCGACAGCCAGCUCCUGCCAGCGAUGAGUCGCGCCCUUCUACGAGCGGCACGUGCGGGAUGCGUUUACAUUCGGGACAGCGGCCGGGCACCUAAUGAUAAUGAAAAAGAACUGCCGGAUGCUGAAGACCAAGCUGCGGCGGCCGUUCAUCUGGCCGAUCGCAGCUUCACUUCCCGGAAGUGGAUGGCGCUUCCCAAGCACAUGGAACCUCCGGAGAUAGAGUUCCUGGCAAAGCGACGACCGGGUCUUCAUUCGCUUUAUGGCGGUGCGGCCGCUGCUGAUGGAAGCUCCGGGGCUCCACCGAUGCGAAAAACCAAGUUCAAGAAGGUCGAUCCGGAGACCGGCAAUAUCUCUAUCUACGAAGCCUGGGUUCCUGAUGGCCAUCGGAUUGAAGGCGAAAUCACCGAAGAUGUUCAGACGUUAGCUGAGCAGAGCUCAGUUCCUGUGAAGUCGGAGGCGCCUGCACCUGGAACGGUGGUUGACGGCGUCGGGGUGGUUAAUUCUGAAGGUGUGGUGGUCGCAGAGGCUGGUUCCGCGGCCGUGAUGACACCGCCUAAGAGACGACCGCCCCCUCCAAAGCGCAAGGGCAAGGGCAUUGGAAAGGGCAGGAAGAAGAAGGUCAUGUUUGCGCCGGGCGAGGGAGCUGAUGCUGCCACGGUACAUGGCGUUGCACCUGGUCCUACCGAUGGUGCUACUGGCUUCAAACAAGAAGAACAGGAUGCUUCACGGAUGUCGGUUGACCAGUCCGGCCAAGAGGAAGAGGACGAAGACGGCGAGGAGGGUGAAGAGAGCGACGAGGGCGACGAAUCCAUGGUGGACGCGAAGACCCCUGAAACCCCGCAACCCCAGUCCGGGGCGGAGUCCACGGACCGACCAUCAACAGACGUCGAUAUGACAGACGCUACUUCUGAAGCACUGCCCGAUUCCCAAGAGCCUUCACGGCCUGAGCAAGAAGCACCGUCUCAGGAGCCAGCGGAACCUGAAAUCUCGCAACCCGAAGAGCUUUCGCAAGAAGAUCCAGGCGCUCAGGCUUCCACUACAUCAACAACACCAGCAGAGAAGACUGAGGAACCGACUACUGAAAGCGCCGAGACUCCACAUGAAAAACCUGCUGUAUCUGCAGUUGAUGAGAGCGCUGCAGGGGAGGAGCUGCCACCGGCCACCACGGAAGAUGAACCCAACAUCGAGCACAGUGAACAAGCGGUGCCCGAUGAUGAGACCCAGGCUUCAGAGCAGGCUGCCCCGCCACUCGCAGAAGAAGCAGCAGACCCUUCUGUGGGUAGCAAGUCAGCUGAAGUGACCGAGCCUGCCUCUAAGGAGAUCAAGGGUGAAUCCCCGUCCACCGAUCGGGAUGAGCCCGCAGCUGCCCCCACGGCCAAUCCCGAGGAAUCCUCCAUUGAAGAAGACUUCUCAAAGCAAUCCCAGGCACCAGGGCCAUCGGCGGGAGGAUCAAUUGAAGCGACUGAGCAAGGUUCGAAUCCGAGUCCGACACCAAGUGGGGCACAAGAAUCCGAGCAAGCUCCCGAACAGCCUGUUCCCCAGCUCGAUGUGCCACAAAAACCGGCUCCGGAGAAUAAGAGCCAAGAACCGGCAGCUCCUGAGCCUACUGAAAAGAAAGAAGAUAUAGAAAUGGGAGUCGCGCCGGGACCUUUGGAAUUGCAACCUCCGCAAGAGAAGGAUUCCGCCUCAGCCCAGGCAGAACCACCUGCUGAGCCUCAACCUACCCCCGGUGAACCCGUCGAAUCAUCUGCUCCUGAUUCCAGCGCUACUGGCCCGACAGAGCCUGGCCAAGCAGAAGGGACUGGGCGCGGGGCGGAGGAACAGACCUAG